AUGCCGCAAAUGAUGAGGGACGUGGAUGAUGAGAUGUCGGAACAGGCUGCCGAGAGUAAGUUGCUUCAUGAAACGGGCAAGCGCAGUGCUGGUAUUAAGCCUGGUCUUGGUGGCAACAAGGACAGUGGUGUCGCCGGGGACAUCGUCAAGGUCGAGAUUAGUGAUGUCAGCAUUAGUGCCAACGCCAUCAACUGCCGUAGUAUCGCAACCAACAAGGGCGAUGCUGGCAAUGAUGGGAAAGUCACUGGUCAAGAGCUCAAGGCUCAAGGUCAUAGUCGCCAAGUUCAAGUGGGCAACUGGGAAGCGCAAAAGGGACCUGGCUGA